GUUUGUCAUCCAGAAAACAUGACGACGAUGCUGGAAGACAUCGACUGUGCUCUCGAUGCGCGAUUGGCGGCAAACCAUCGCAUGCAGACAGAGUUGGAAGCGAUGGAAGCUCGCAUUCUUGAGUUUCUCAGAGAAACUGAGAUUGCACUCUACCCCGGCGUCGAGAACGUCACAUGCAAAUGCGUCCCCGAGCACUUUGUCCCUCCAGCCGCUCUUCCACGACAUUUGGAGCGUUGCCAUGGCAUUUCUCGUCGAGACAGCUCGCCCCCAUCCUCGCAGGUACUAUGUCGACCAGCCGUGUUGAAGUGACGGAUUCCAUGGUAGUUCUUCUACCAACAAAAAACCAAGCGCGCUCACAUGGCCCAAUACCACCGACACAGGCUUCCCGAAGUGAUCGCAUUCAAUCCUGAUGCAGACCCCACCCGGAACUUCCUCGAUGUUGCAACGGUUCACACGUUCACCGACGACGAAGAUGCGGGUGCGACUGAUGUGUCGACUUUGGAAGCGGACCAUGCUCCAUCGCUCGUUGAACCUUCGAAGAGCGACGAUGUCCCACUCGAGUGUGCUGUGUUAUCUAUUACGACGGACGCCCGUAACUUCCAUGUUCACUGCAUGUCAUGGACUUCGAUUCCCGCCGACUUCGCGCGGUUGGACGUCUCGGCCUUGGCUUCGUCGCCCCAUGUGCGUGGAUGGGUUUCAUCGUGGUGUCAACGGGAGGUGGAUAGCUCAAGUGCGUCGGCAGACGUGGCACUCGUCGACUUUAUCCUUCGCCUCGUGGCGCACCCCGAGACCAGUCACCCCGACAUCAUGGCGAAAGAACUUAGCGAAUUCCUGUCGAGUCGCACGAAUGAAUUCGUCGUCGAGCUGUGGAAAGUGCUCGUGGUGGCGUUGGCGGUCCAACAAGGCUGCUUUCAGACUCUGUCAGACUACGAUGGGUUUCUUGAGAGCAUCUUGACGGAUCGGCGUCCACUCGACUCAACCUCUGCGAAACCCACGGCGCCUCCGUUGCCGCCAUCGAGUGCGCGACACGCCGACGACCCUGCAGACAAGAAGCGGAAGCGCAACGACUUGCCGCGCAAGUCAGCGUCCAGUCGCGCCACUCCGACGCAGGCGCUGAGACAAGUGAUCGCGAACCGCAUGGACGAACUGGCGCAGUUUCACGGAUGGACCGUGCCAAAGGCACUCACUAACGACGUCGACAGCAAGCGCAAUCAAGGAAACACAGAUCGCGACGCGAUGCAAAGGCGCGAAUCCAUCAUGGCGCUGAGGAAUCCGUUGCAUGUGCGGGACUGGGGGCGGAAGCGGCGGCGUACCGACAGCCGCGACAACGACAGGCGAAGGCGGGAUCACCCGAGCCCGGACACGCGGCGGCAGAAACGAAGUGCGUCCCCACAUCGCCACCAUCGUUCGCGGUGACGCGCGCUAGACAUAUUGCAGCUCAACCACGCAGUUGAAUUGUUUAACCGGUGGGGGGGGUCCACCUAUACGAGCUCUUCGGCCACGGCGACGGCCCACAUCAACGGUUCCUGCGAGUUUAGUGUUGUAGGGUAGAGAUCGCCAAGGAACGGUGUACCUCGAUGCCA